UCUCACACACACGCACACACACACUCACACUCACGCACCACCAAACUCUCGCGGACGCCUUUAAUUAGACAGCAGACCACGCACAGCGCCGCCGCCGCCGCCGCGCACCAGCACCUGUCCCCACCUUCACACACACACACACACAAGAUGCAGGCGGUGGGCGGUAGCCAGCGAGGGUCUCAGCGUGGCUUCAGCGUCCUGGAUCGUCUGCUGCUCACUCAUCCCGUGUGGCUGCAGCUGUCGCUCAACCACGACUCGGCGCUCUACAUCCUGCUCCGAGAGCCUGUCGGGACGUUUCUGGUGCGUAAAUGCAGCGCCAGCCAGAGGAAGGUGCUGUGUUUGAGAGUGACGGUGGACAGAAGUGCCUCCUCUGUUAGGGAGUUCUUCAUCUGCGAGGAAGACUCCACUUUCGCCUUGGAGACUUCAGCACUCACUUUCCCUGACUUGUGUCGACUGGUGGCCUUCUACUGCAUCAGCAGAGAUGUGUUGCCUUUUCCACUGGAGCUACCAGAAGCUAUUGUUAAAGCCACAACUCACAGGCAGCUGGAGGCCAUUUCACACAUGGGACAAGACUUCUGGAGCUCCCCAAGUUCUUCAGACCUCCAAAACGGACCGUUGGACCCAUUCGCAUCAAGCAGCAGCAGCAGCCAGGCCCAGACAGUGGUGACGCAGGACCGGUGUAAGCCGCCAAACCGAGGCAGACAAGGCAAAAUCUGUUUCAUCAACCCGCUCUUCCUGCAACUAGAGGUUUGCAAGCAGCCACAACUCACAAACCACAGUGCCUCCAACAAACGGCACCGCUUCAAGCGCAGCAUGCGGCUCCGGCUCUCCGAGACCUCCAUGAAUCUGUCCCUCGAGGGCGUCGGCUCCUUCUCGCCGCCGCCGUCGGUGGAGCAGCCCGACGGCUCAGAGAGGCUGCAGAAGGCCGGCACUAACCCACAGAGGAGAGUUCACGCCGGGGCCGGAGUGCUGAGGAGAACCCCCGCUGUAUCGCCAGGGUCUGCAGAGGAAGAGGACAUGAUGUCCGUCUAUGUGCCUGAAACAUCUGCCAAGGUGGAGGAUCCUGCAAAGCCACCGUCGUCAGCCCGAGCAGAGGAUUCCGGCAUCGAGGUGGCGGUUCUGGCUCACGAGCGUCGUCCCGCUCCGUCCCUGGCCGAGCUGGACAGCAGCAGCUCCUUCAGCAGCAUGGACGAGGACAAUGGCUCGGAUUCAGAUCCAGAAAGCAUGGUCCAAACCCAAAUGUACGCCGACCAGCGCCCCCCGCUGGUGCGCUCCAGAGGCCGCGGCGGGAUGCACCGUAUGAGCGAGGCUUUUGUGUGUUUCUUUGCUCCGGACAAGCGGCUGACGCGACUGGUGGAGGAGCUGUCCAGAGACAGGCGCUCCAUCUUUGGCGGCAUGGUUCAGGACUUCCUGCUGGCGCAGAGGGAGGUGCUCAAAUCCCUGUCUUCAUCUUCAUCCUCCUCUUCCUCCCCCUCUCGGGUGACUUCCAUUCAGCUUCUGCAGGGUCUGCGGCUCUUUCUGUCCCAGGCGAAGUGCUGCCUGCUGGACAGCGGAGAACUGGAGCCUCCCAUUGAGACUCUGGUGCCAGAGAACGAGAAAGACCUGGCGCUGGAGCGAGCCAUGUUCUCCUGUGUGCUCCGGCCUCUCAAGGCCCACCUCGAAAAAGCCCUGGUAGCGUCGCACAGUGAGGACGGCUCCAGCCAGCGCCUCACCCAGAACCUGCUCCGUCUGAAAGGGGACGCCGCCAUGGAGCGCCUGGGCGUGCGGACGGGCGUCCCGGACAGCCGCGGCGUGGAGCGCGUGAGGCAGAAGCUGGUGCUGAUGCAGAGGACGCACUCGCCCAUUGACAAAGUCCUGCUGCUGCUGCAAGUGUGCAAGUGCGUGCACAAGGCCAUGGGCUCCUUACAUGGACAGGAAGUGAGCUGGGACGACUUCCUGCCAUCGUUGUCCUACGUGAUCGUGGAGUGUAACAGGCCUCACAUCCUGAUCGAGGUGGAGUACAUGAUGGAGCUGCUGGAGCCGUCCUGGCUCGGAGGAGAAGGCGGUUACUACCUGACCAGUGUGUACGCCAGCCUGUGUCUGAUCCAGAGCCUGGACAGGGAGACUCCGCUGUCCGGCUGCCUGACGCCGGACGCCCAGGAGGCGCUGAAGGAGUGGAGCUGCAGACGGAGCCGGGAAGCCCAGAGACAAAAGGAGAGCCAGCAGAGUCAGAGGUGCGUUCGGAUACUGUUCCAGGACGGGGAGCGCAGCGCUGUGCGGACGUUGCAGUGGAGAGCCGGGGAGAGCAGCCAGGCUCUGGCGCAGCUGUGCGCCUCCACCUUCGGCGUGUCCGACCCGCAGCAAUACACUCUGUACUGGCGCAGCGGCGGCGAGAUGAGGGCGCUGCCCGCGCAGGCCCAGCCCCAGGACCUGGCGGGCCACAGCGAGGGAGGCCCCUCGCUGUCCUACCUGAGGACCGACCACGACUUCAGCAAGAUGCGGCGGCUCACCAGAGGUGGCGCUGUGGACCUGAGCGAGUCAGUGUGUGAGGAGUGAGUGGGAGGGACGGGAGA